GUGUGACCGGAGACGCGCAUUGGAAACGUGCGUUGUGCUCAUCAGGAUCAGGCUGCUGAACAUGGCAGGCGAUAAAAACAGCGCAGAAUUGAACUUGUCCCUGGAGCAGUCAGACGAUGAAGCGCCGGAAGAAAUGAAUUUUGAAUCGGCGAGAAAUGAGGCUCUGCGCCGCGUGAAGAGCGCCCUGGAGACGGCCAAAAGAGAGAAAGAGCAGCUGAAGGAGAAGCGGCGGAAAAGACAGGAGCUGUUCCAGGAGCAGAAGAAAAGAAGACUGCUCCCCACAGAUGUGCUGGACAAAGUGGACUCUGUCACUCCACAGCAACAGGAACAAGGUCAGGAUGAAGGUCCAGAAAAACAAGAGGAAGAAAAGUUAUCCUCUUCAAGAAGCCUGAUGGAGACUGUCACCGUGACUACAGCUAAGCAGCAGAUGUCCUACCAGCAGCAGGCUGCUCAGAACUUCCUCCACUCACGGUUCUAUGGACCCGAGAGCCGGCGCACCACAAACAACGAGCUGCUGUCAAUACAGAACAAAAAGGGUCCCAACAAACAGGCUGCUGCACAGUUCGUCAAGAAGAACUGGGCGUCUAAAGAAAAGGCCAAAGCAGAGAAACUCAAGCAGCGCUGGCUCCACAAGCAGAAGAUCUUGUGAAGGUUCACUCUCGCUAAGCCUCGAGAUCGACAUAAGAGAUGGCAAAAGCUCUGUCCUGAGCUCCUCAAUGAACUGAGAUAGUUUAAGGACACAUUAUGCAACACUGACUUUUGAGAAAUGUUAUAAGAUUGUUCCCAGAUCAAAAACUGACCUGGAGUUGUAUUAUGCUUCAUUUAUGCUUCAUACAUCAAAGGGUAUUUUACCUUUGUAAGGUAUUAACUGCUAACACAUAACAUAUUUAGAUCACCCUGUUACCUUUGUUUUGAAAAUGCAAUAUUUGCCCAAAACAAUGUAUUAACAUGUAUUAUAAGUUUUGACUUUUUGCCUUUGCUCUCCCCGUUAAGUCACUCCCCCUUCAGAGCACUAUCACAACACAUUCAGCUGCUCCCACUAAUGAAACUACUGCACAUCACAUCAGGUUUGCCAAGUUUCUGUGUAGUUUAUCAUGUUUUUCUAUGUUUAUGGAGGAUUUCUACUGUCAGGUUCAUUACAAUUGCGUGCUUAUAUUAGCAUACCGUCAAAUGUCUUUUGCCGUUUUUCAUGGUUCAUUCCUAUUGCAGUCAUUAUUUGCUGUGCUAAUACCAAAUCUCUGUAUAGGAAGAUCAUCUGAUGUGUUUAUUUUAAGUUCUAAUGCACGAAACACCUGUAAAUGUGACAGAUUAUUUUGUUAUAUUUGGAUAUCUUGGGGAUUUAUUAUUUUUUAUGGGAGCAAGUUUCUACAGCCUAUUUAAACAAGUAUAUGAGCCCAGUGCAGUUGGGCUACAGAAAAAAUAUGGCAGAGAUAUCCGCUAACACAAGAAAGUAAUUGUACAAGUGCCAAUGUUUCUGAAUUAAAUUAAACUUAUGUUGUACUUGAUUUAAAAUGUUAUUUCAAAAUAC